UCCCUGGCUCUCCUCCUAUAAAUGCAAACAUUCCCUCCCUUUGUUUCUCACUUGUACGCAUUCUUGAUAGCUAAACAGAUAUAUAUUUCAACUCCUUCUCCUGAUCUACCCGCCUUAUAAAUUCCCACAUUAUUCUUCUUUCCCUAGCUAGCCUCCUUAAUUUUGUUUUCAUCAGCUUUAGAAUCAACAACAUUGCAAAUGGUAGUGUUGAGUAAGAUUGCAACAAACGACCGCCAUGGGGAGAAUUCUCUAUACUUCGAUGGAUGGAAGGCCUAUGAUAUGAACCCUUAUCACCCUACCAACAACCGCGAUGGAGUUAUUCAGAUGGGUCUUGCAGAAAAUCAGCUUUGCUUUGAUUUGAGUGAAGACUGGAUCAGGAAAAAUCCCAAGGCUUCCAUUUGCACAGCUGAAGGAGUCGAUGAGUUCAAGAAUAUUGCCAUAUUUCAGGAUUACCAUGGCUUGCCGGAGUUCAGACAAGCUGUGGCGAGCUUUAUGGGGAGAGUAAGAGGUGGUCGGGUCAAGUUUGAUCAAGAACGCAUAGUCAUGAGUGGUGGAGCAACAGGAGCAAACGAGCUAAUCAUGUUCUGUUUGGCAGAUCCUGGAGAUGCUUUUCUUGUACCCUCUCCUUAUUAUCCAGCAUUUGAUCGCGACCUCGGGUGGAGAACUGGUGUGCAGAUAGUUCCUGUUCACUGUGAUAGCUCCAAUGGUUUCCUAAUAACAAAAGCAGCAUUAGAAGCAGCAUAUGAAAAGGCCCAAGAAGACAACAUCAACAUAAAGGGCUUGCUCAUUGCAAACCCAUCAAAUCCUUUGGGUACUGUUCUAGACAGAGAGACACUAAAAAGCCUAGUAAGCUUCGUUAAUGAAAAGAACAUCCACCUAGUUUGCGACGAAAUCUAUGCAGCCACUCUCUUCAGCACUCCAGACUUCGUAAGCAUUUCCGAGAUCAUGCAAGAGAUGGAGUACUGCAACCCUGAUCUCAUUCACAUCGUUUAUAGCUUGUCUAAGGACAUGGGUCUUCCUGGCUUUAGGGUUGGCAUAGUUUACUCUUAUAAUGAUGCUGUCGUGAGCUGUGGCCGCAAAAUGUCGAGCUUCGGAUUGGUUUCCUCCCAAACUCAACAUCUGCUUGCGGCAAUGCUGUCUGACGAGGAGUUUGUCGGGAACUUUCUGGAGCAGAGUUCGAAGAGGCUAGCGAAGAGGCAUAACGUCUUCACCAAAGGACUUGCGAAAGCAGGGAUUACUUGCUUGAAAAGCAAUGCUGGCCUUUUUGUUUGGAUGGAUUUGCGUAGGCUUCUCAAAGAACAAACACUUGAGGCUGAGAUGGCGCUGUGGCACGUAAUCAUCAACGAGGUGAAGGUCAAUGUCUCCCCAGGAUCUUCGUUCCAUUGCUCAGAACCAGGUUGGUUUAGGGUCUGCUUCGCAAACAUGGACGAUGAGACGGUGGAAGUCGCACUCCAGAGAAUCAAUGCAUUUGUACGUCAAGAAAAAGAUGGAAAUAAUAAGGCGCAGGGGAAGAGAACUAAAUGUUUGCCAAAGAAGCUUCAGCUUAGCUUCUCCUUUCGAAGGUACGAUGAGGGACUCAUGUCGCCACACAUGAUCAUGUCCCCUCACUCUCCUCAUGUUCCUCUCUCGCCGCUUGUUCGAGCAAGGACUUAGAUCAGAUAUCAUGCAUGACAAACCGUCAUGUUCUUUCAAAAUAAAAUUAAUGCUUGAUUAAUUCCUGAAUGAUAAUUUUAGGAGUAACUAUUUUUUCCCCCAUGUUGUACGUUGGAACUGCUGUAAGUUUUUCAUGGGACAUGAUUAUGUUUCGUUUAUCAUGGAGGACAGGGUAAUUUGGUCAUCUAAUGAAAGUUUUUCUUUUUUCUUUU